GAUUUUUUAUAUAUUAAAUGUCACACAGAAAAUUUGAGGCACCAAGACAUGGAAAUCUCGGAUUUACCCCAAGAAAGAGAACAAAGCAUCACAGAGGAAGAAUCCGAGCAUUCCCAAAAGACAAUGUUAAGGCUCCAGUUCAUUUAACAGCCUUUGCAGGAUUUAAGGCUGGUAUGACCCACAUCUUGAGAACUGUUGAAAGACCAGGAUCAAAAUUGAAUGGUAAGGAAGUAGUUGAGGCUGUUACAAUUGUUGAAACUCCACCAUUGGCUGUUGUUGGUAUAGUAGGAUAUAUUGAAACACCAAGAGGAUUGAGAGCAUUAACAACAGUAUGGAGUACAAAGAUUGCUAAAGAUACUUUGAGAAGAUUCUAUAAGAAUUGGAUGAACUCAAAAAAGAAGGCUUUUACCAAUUAUAAUAAAGCUAAUGCUGAACCAAAGAAUUUAGAAACUUAAUUAAAGAGAAUCAUAAAGUAAUAAAAUAAAUUAUAUUAUUUAGAUAUUGUUAAGUAGUCAGAGUAAUAGUUCAUACUUAAAUGAGUAAAUUGAAUUUGAGAUAAAAGAAGAAUCAUGUCUUUGAAGUCUAAGUGAAUGGAGGAACCACAGAAUAAAAAGUUAAUUAUGCUAAAGGAUUAUUAGAAAAGGAAGUCAAAGUUGAUUAAGUUUUCAAAUAAAAUGAAUAAAUUGAUGUUAUUGGUGUAACUAAAGGUAAGGGAGUUGCUGGUGUCAUUAAGAGAUUUGGUGUUAAACAUUUAUAAAAGAAGACACAUAGAGGAUGGAGAAGAGUUGGUUGUAUCGGAGGAUGGCAUCCAGCUAAUGUUAGAUACAGUGUUGCAAGAACUGGUCAAUUAGGUUAUCAUCAUAGAACUGAAAUGAAUAAAAAGAUCUAUAGAAUUGGUGCUGCUGGUGAUAAAAACACUGCAUCCACUGAAGCUGAUUUAACUUCUAAAGCUAUCACUCCUUUAGGUGGUUUCCCUCAUUAUGGUGAAAUCAGAAAUGAUUUCCUCAUGCUUAAAGGAGGUAUUGUUGGACCCAAGAAGAGAAUUGUCUUAUUAAGAAAGUCUCUUGUUCCAUAAACUAGCAGAAAAUCUUUGGAAGAAAUCACUCUCAAAUUUGUUGAUACUUCAUCCAAAAUUGGACAUGGUAUCUAUCUUAACUUAUUUCUUUAGGACGUUUCUAAACACAAGAAGAAAAAGCCAAGUUCUAUUAUACCAGAACCUAAAGAAAAUUAAAGUAAUAGUAAUAAUAACAAUGAUGUAUAAUUACCCCUCAAAAAGAACAUUAUAAACAAAACAAUUCUUAU